UAGGUAAUUCUAGUCAUAACGUACUGGGCAUCUUUUUUAUUUCUUCUUCUAUUUUUUUUUUUUUAAUACUCUUGUUCCAUAUCCUUUGAUUACUUUUUAUUUCAUUUUUUAUAUACAUUUUUUUACUCCUGGCAACUUAUGUCGUGAUUUCUAGUAUUAUGUCAUUGUCUUUUUUCCUCUUCACCAAUUGAUUUCCGUUGCUUUCUCGAGUGUCAGUUACCACAAGGCGGUACACAGAUUCGGGCUCCACUUGAGCCGGUCCUCCACGAUUGCUGGUUCGAUGCGCACGGAAAUCGAUUCCACACCAAUUCACGAGCUCUAGCUAAAGUAACUACUACUUCGUACUACUUACUACUAGACUAGUAACCUAACCUACCUACCUUACCUACAUACUAAAUCACCAGCAACCUACCUACAUACCUACCACCCACCUUUAGCCAGUCCGACGACCAAGCCACCGCCUCACUACCACCCCUUCUCCCUGAGCUGGUCAAGCCUCAUCUCAGCAGGAAGGGGACAGGACAGGGCACGACAGAACAGAGCCGAACAGACAAAUAUUCGCCCCCCAGUGUUCUCCUGUUCAUCCCGCAGCUUCAUCGUCGCCUCUUACAAACCCCACGAUGAAAUGAAAUGGGCGGCGCGACCUUGACGAUUGCCUCGGCCCCAAAGCCGCAACUGCCAGUCAGGUCGCAUUCUUCACCUGACCUAGUGUUGCUCUCUUCUCACUACCCUGUUUCCGAGGCCGCACCAUCCAAGGGUCUGCCGCCCCUGCCCGACUUUGAUGUUCCACCGCUGGAUGACUCCAUCUUCCUCAAGCUCAAGGAUUCUAGCGUCACAACAGUAUCGAGCUUACCGAACCAUGCACCGCGCACAUCCCAAGAGGCCCUGACCAGCGGGGCCGGCACUGGGAGGAAGACAGAUGCCGUCCGACCUCACAAAUGGAGACUCGCGCGGAACGAUGAUGCCCUUGCCGACCUAGCAUCACCGCACCAGUCCUACUCAGGGGCGGCGGACUCAGCCACUGCAGUCGACCUCUCCGAUUCUACAGGAAUGCACAGGUCAAGAACCGCUUCUGGCUCGUACCCCAACCUGGGGAGCUUAUCAUGGCUACCCGGAUCGCGCUCUCGGAAUUCAUCCUCCGAAGAUGAAGGCUCAGAGGUAUUUGAUGGGGCCGCCGAAGACGACAAGGUGCUGUCGCCAAGGCGCAUUUGGGGUCGUGACAAACCAGGUUGGAGCAUUGGGGCGAGCAAGUCUUCCGAUUCUCUCAGCACAACGACCCGCGCCCUCACCAGAGCAAAUGGCUACCUGACGAAGAUCAAGCAAAAACCGCAAACGGUCUUCGUAAGGAGCGGACUGGGUGCGGCCCCGGCCACACGGAGCUCCGAGACUGUACGCGCCGUCAGGGAUGGUGUAAGCAGUGCUUAUGCAUCUUCCACGGACGUUAGUGCAGUGGAUGACUCGGCGAGCACGCCUAUUACCGGUUCAGAGCGUGGCUCAGAGAUAACGGCCGCUUCCAUUGUGAGGGAUCAUCUGUGGUCGCCCUUUCGAGACUUGGAUGGCGCAUACCAUGCCUUUGUGGGCAAGCAGACUACUGCUCAUCGCAUGACGAUUGUCAAGACGGCGUUAGUCCCGUUCCUGAAUCGGUAUGCCUGCGAUCCCUCCAACAAAGACACAGAUGCCCUCUUACCUGAGGAUGUGGAGCGCCGCGCCACCAUAAUGGGAAAGUGGUGGGCUGUCAUGCUUCAGCUCCUUGAUGAGAAUAGCGGUCGCGUCGCCUGGGGCCAGGGUAUAGCAGCAACCCUGCCCCCCGAGCCAACCCCGGAGCCCCUUGCCGGCCUUGACCGUCCGAUCGUACUAGGAGCGAUCACCAUGCUCACGACCAGACCAGAGUGGCGACUGGGCACACCUCACUUCCGCCCGCUGGCUGCACGAUGUCCUUCUGAGAAGGUGCGGGCUCGCUCGGAUUCCGGGGCUUUGUCCCUGAGCGACACCUCAUUCAUCGCUCGAUCGACGGAGCGAAAUGUACACGACAUUUUUCUAUCAAAUUUGCUUAGCCAGCUCGCCGUCGUCAUAAACAAGCUCUCCCACUGGAAAACCCCAGAGGCUCUCGUCACCUUUGCAGGAAAGACUUUGGCGUAUGGAUUCUUCUUUGUUCCGGGCGUAGCGCAGAUAGUCGUACGCCUGUGGGGCCUUGACGCAAAGCCUAGUCUCAUCACUAGGGUUGUGGAUGAAUUCGGGCUGCCCCGGACGAGCCUUGGGGAAAGCGAGGAUAUCGUUGCUCUCUUCCCUCCGAGCCUGGGCUCACUAGGCUACUCAUCCGUCAAAACCCUGACAGAAAAACUUCGACGUCCCCCUAAAUUCCCACCUCAGACGCUCCACAUUCCGUGGUAUGGGCCAUGGGUGUCAAGGUGGCGUGGUGGCGACACCAACCUGUUCUUUGUCUUUUGCAAACACUUCUACAUCAUUUCGGAGGAGUUUAUGCCAGCCGGCUUGCCCCUUAUCGAGAAAGCACGCGCACCGGCAUUUGUACUCAUACACGCACAGCUGCUCUCCAUCUUCGACGAUACCAUCAACCGCCAGGUUGCCUUCGAGGCUCUGAUGCGGCCGUCGUUCCCCGAAUCCAUCCAUGGGGCUGACGCAGCACUUACGCACAUGGGACCGUUACUCCCAAAUGCAAAUAUGUUUCGUGGCAUGGAUGAGAACUGCAUCAUCAUGCUACUGAGAGAUUUCCUAUCCACGGCUAAUUGUCUUAGCGGGGCGCGGUAUGCUUUCGCCGAAGCCUUUAUGCGCCUCUCGAAAGCUGCCACCAAGAGGACGGGCCAGUAUGAUCACAAUGCGCAGCACCUAUUGUGUGAUUUCCUCCAGGAAGCUCUCCAGAUCUACCAUGUGGCCCCCUCUAGCCCUGGUGACGCUGAAAUUCCGACCUUCCCUCCCCUGAUUGGCUAUGUCGAUUGGACCUUCUGGUUCGACGUCUGUAAAAGGAUGCUCUCCAAUAACAAUACCAUGUCCGAGAUAAGAACUCUGUCGUUUUUGUUUUCAACAUGGGAUAUAAUAGCGGCGGAUCCGAGUCGGAAGGAGGCCUUGUGUGUGGAUUGGCUACUUGAGGAGGAGGUUUUCGCAAAAUUCUUCUGCAACUGGUGUCCUAUGGUCCGGGCAUACUAUCUGAGACUCCUCUGUUGGAGAAUUUGCCGUGACUCCGGGAGCUCGAAUGAACUGGAUACUCGGAUCUGGAUCUUGGUCUCUAAGAGACUCAGGGACACAUAUUCGCAAUACCUUUGGUUGAAACAAAAGGCAGAGCGGUCGGCGUCGGCUCUUCCUUCGACAACCCCUAGUCCGCCACAGCCAGGCAAACGGUUUAUGAUCGUUCGCAACGAGGUCAUGGGAGCAUCACAUCAAGGUCUCCUGGCGAGCCCUCAAAGAACCAACCCGCAUCCGCAGGCUGAAUUUAGGGACUUCGACGGCUACAACUCACAAAAAUUUGGGACGGAAAGCGAUAGCGUUGACAACGUAAGGGACGCACAGUCCAAUAAACGGUGGUCCCUUUUGGGGAAAUUGCGAGGCCUAAACGCGCCGGGCAGUGAGGGCAGACCGCGAAACUAUGGCGAAGAGCUGGAAAAGACGCGCAGGGACACGGCCAACUCACGACAGUCCUCCGAAGGCCCACCCCUCCCACCCAAAGACGACAAUCCAAGCCGAGCCCCGCCGUCCCCAGGCUCGGACUCGACUGGUUCUGUGGCCAUUUUUGACGUGGAGCAGUACGUUUUCAGGUUCACACUCCAGAACAUACCAUGGCACCACGGCGUGCCCGUCUAUCUGAGAGAACAGGUCAUUACGCGGCCCAGGCUGCCUGCUCCAGCACAAGCGAGAGUCAAUUCGAAACUGGCGUCGGCGGGCUACUGUGACGAAGAAGAUACUGUUCCCUUGUCUCCAGGUCGUCCGCCAUCUACCAGGGCCAUAUCGGGCUGGAUGCAGGGCGGCUUGAUCUCAGAGGCCAGGAAUGCCCAAAGGAAGUUUGAUCUGGACGACACCACGCAGCAGUGCCUAUCUCCUGGCUUGGAGCCCCGCGGGGGGCCUUCAUUUGGUGGUGACUCCAGCUCGAGUGAGCUCAGGUUGAUUGGAGAGCUUCCUUUUGAGAAUUCUACGACUGCCGUCCUAAAGUCAGAAACCCGACGUCUGGAGCCACCAAAACCCAAACAUGGGGAAAGCAAAAUCAUAGCCGUCGAGCCUACGGGAACACAAAAAACAACCUCACGUUAUGCAGGGCGUGCGCUUGCCGAAUGGAGCUUAGUCGUCAGCGAGUGCAACUCAUUUGUUGACCGACGACGUGGCGAGGGCGUUCUUGGUCUCAGGGAUGUCGAGGUCCCAAUUCUGGCAGCUGAGGGCUUACGUAGGGCUGGAUAGACCAGCCCCCUCUACACAGGUGCAACCUGCAGGCUCCUGUUUUACUGUUUUAUUCCGCGACAUUUCGUGGCAUGUAUAAUGAAAUUUCAUGUACUUGUACAUUGCACAUAUUGUGUAAAGGCUCUUCAUUCAGGCGAUACGGCGUAUUCACAUCUCUGGAUCUUUCUUGGUUUUUCGUUUUCGUUUGCAUCUUCUGCCAGCUAGACCAUGUCAGUUUUCAUGCCACCCUUCGGAGGGUAGCCUUUCUCGAUUUUAUGGCAUUAAAAAGACGCAUACAAGCAAGGAGUUGCAUAUAUACGUUAUGAAUUUUCUGAUCUGUUAAUCAUCUAGACUAGAUCUGUGUCUCCAUUACAGUAUUUUUGCUAGCUCGAGCGUGAUGGGAUCGUGAUGGGAG